UUAGUUAAGCAUCGUGUUGGACAUCAACUAUUGCCACAUAAUGGGAAGUAAUGAAGCACCUAACAUUUCAAAAUCAAAUAUAUUGGUGUUGAUUUCCCUAGUAGCUUUGGUCUCCGUUACAAAUGCCGGAGACAUAGUAGUUUAUUGGGGCCAAGACGGUAGAGAAGGUUCACUAAGUGCCACAUGCAACUCUGGACUGUACAAAACUGUCAACAUAGCAUUCCUUUCUGCAUUUGGAGGUGGCACUCAACCGCAGCUAAACCUAGCAAACCAUUGCAACCCCGCAUCAAAUGGCUGCCUGAGUUUGAACAAAGACAUUAAGAACUGCCAGGCAAGAGGCAUCCAGGUCUUGCUCUCCAUAGGAGGCGGCGCCCCUGGCUACUCCUUGUCCUCCUCCAAGGACGCUACAAACUUAGCAAACUACAUCUGGAAUAACUUUCUGGGUGGAAAAUCGAACUCUAGACCUUUUGGUAAUGUUGUGCUGGAUGGUGUCGAUUUUGACAUAGAACUUGGUGGUGGUGCAUCCUUCUAUAUCGUGCUGGCUAAAACACUCUCCAAUCUCAGCAAAGGUGGACAGAAAGUUUACCUAAGCGCUGCACCACAGUGUCCCUUCCCGGAUAAGCAGCUGAAUGGGGCAUUGUCAACGGGGCUAUUUGACUAUGUUUGGAUACAGUUUUACAACAAUGGUCCUUGUGAGUUUGAUGCCAAUAAUCCCAGAAAGUUCCAGAGGUCGUGGAACCAGUGGACCUCAUCCAUAAGGGCAGGGAAGUUGUAUGUUGGGUUUCCCGCGUCACCAUCGCAGUCGGCGGCGGGCAGUGGCUAUGUGCCACCACAGGUGCUCAUGAAUCGAGUCUUGCCUUUUGUUAAGAAAUCAAGCAUUUAUGGAGGAGUGAUGCUAUGGGACAGGUUCAAUGAUCUUCAAACAGGGUAUAGCAGGAAUAUCAAGCCCAGUGUUUAAUGUGUUCGUCUCAAAUUCCCUUCAAUCGAUCUAAUCUUGUAUUUUCUGUCUUACGAGUGGGGUGUUAUUGUUAUAAUAGUUUGAAUUACAUGGUAUAAGUCAUGAAGCAAAUAAACGUGUGUGUUUCAACUCCUAUAUAUUUUCAAGAGUUACAGUAUAUAUAGCCAUAUAGGUAUACACACAAACUGAAGAAAAGUUAAAAUUAAUUUCUUUCAUUAUUAAUACAUGUGUACUAAAUGUAUUGGUGGUACAUGUAUUGACACAACAGUGAAACAGCAGAAACAUCCUGUUUCAGCGCUCUGUAGUUCACAAUUCACAUUUCACGUGUAUAUGUCUUGUUAAUCUA